UACUCGUACGAGAGUGGAGUGCAUACUGUGCAAACGCAGAAAGCGCUUCCCACAAAAGCCAAAAGCGAUUCUUUAAUUUCCUUCUAUCACCGACUGGAUACUUCUUUUCACAAAACGCUAUCUUUCCAGCUUCCACAGAAAAAGUUCAUACGUUCUGUGGUUUUUGGUCGCUGUAAUUCAUAGCAUGAGAUUUCUGGACUGCUGGCAUCAUGGGCGGUAGCUUCUACAGAAAACUGGCACCAUAAGCAUGGGCAUUAAACACUUCAAGCUAAAUGUCAUACUUUGGUGAAUAUGGCGACUGAGAAUUUAACAGAUGGGAAGCAAUGCCCCUAUAUACACUUGUGUUGGGUGUUUAAGAAGAAUAACUGCAGAGAAUGGGAGGUUGUUGCUGUUCUUGCAGAAAAGCUCAUCUGCAUGGGGCACCUGUAUAUAUCUAUUGUCCUCCUGUUUUGGAAGAGCAAGAGUCCUUAAGAUCUCAUGAUGUCACAGCCUCCGCAAUCAGUGCAGGACUCCUGGUUCAUUGGGAUCUGGAAACAUCAAUACCAGACACUUACAGACCACCUCCUCCACCUUUGCCAUAUGAUAUGGUCUUUGGAUGUUUACGAUCAACAGAUUCUGAUUCUGCCAGGGAAACAAUUAGUUGCAGUAGUUUUGAUACUUCAGCAACUUGUGGAGAUCUUGGGGAAUCAGACUGCAAAGUUCAAGAAAGUUCUUUGGAUAUCUCACCGAAGAAGUUAGAACUUUCAAAAUCAAAUGAACCUCAUGUUUUAGAAAAGGAAGACGAAGAUGUUUGUCCCAUUUGUCUCGAAGAGUUUGAAACAGAGAAUCCAAAGUUUAUCACAAAAUGCGAACACCACUAUCAUCUCUCGUGUAUCCUUGAGUGGAUGGAAAGAAGUGAUUCCUGUCCUAUAUGUGAUCAGGAAGUCAUUUCACCAACGAAGAAGGUAAAAGGAGAGUAAAAAUUACUGAAGCACCUUUGAUUUUUGGUGGAAUGAUGAUUUCGGAACAGUCACAAUCUUAACGGAAGUGGUAGUCGAACAUACCUUUAGUUUGUAGCUCUCUAGUGCUUUUACAAAACCAAAGUUUAUUUGCUUCUUGAAGUCAGAGAUUGCCAACUUAGUAGACUCUGGACCGACAGUAGCACUUUGUUUUGAAACUUGCCAGGGAUGUGCGGCCUGCAAAUCCAUUUAUAAUUUCGGUCAUGCUCAAUUGAAGAUUGCACCGAAUCUCUUUAGUUAGCAGUUUUAGCAGGUCAAUUGAUGGCAAAAGUUUCCUUCCCUAUGUGUAUAGCUUGAUUCCAAUUCUCAGACAGGUCUCUGGAUUUUAAAUGGAGCAAUCAAGAGGUUAAGAACAAGGCCUUCCUAUGGAACCAAGGUAACGACGGUUCCGCUUUCCACGUAGGUGGUUUGCUACACUUUUUGUGCAGAUCUCUUAGUUUGUUGUAGGAAUCCUUCUGUACCAUUUGUUGUUAUCUGCUGCAUGAUUUGAUUACACACUGCAGCCCUUAAAUUUGUAAGUUGUGUAAAUCCCAUUUCUUUUGCUCUCUGGGUGGAUUUGAUUUGGAGCAUUUGUUUCAUGUGUGAAAGCAUGCAAUUAUCAAGAAAUGUAGUCCUGAAAAGUGUAUCACAUAAAGUUGAUCAUUUUAAAAAUAGGGACUAGUUGUGGGGC